AUUUGUCACUUGGUCAAUCAAGCCCCUGCCAAAAUUAUAUUCCUUUACUGAUUUAUCACUUCCUACGAACAAAUUAUAGCCCAGAUCCAGACACAACUAAAGUUCCAAAAAUAAAAAUUAUGAAAAAAAAUAUUAUAAACAAAAAAGAAAAAAAGAAAAAACCCAAGUUACUGUAUUUAAUCUCUUCAGAGUAGUGAGUAGUUGAAAAACAAAACCCUAAAGGGGUUCUUUGUAAGAACCAAUUCGCCGCCGGAUCGAUCUCUUUCACUUCUUGCUCUCAGUUUUUCUUGAUACAUGUAACUCAAACAGAACCUUCAUCACCAUCGGUUUUCAUUUACCUAAAUAUUUCUUGUUUUUUGGCAACCCUUUUCUCCGAAGUUGCUGUUUUUGCAAUCCAAUGUGAAACCAGUUGAACAUGUUGCCAAAAAUUGUUCUUUUUUGUUUUCCAUUCGUCUUUGUUCUUUGAUCAUCGAAAUUUUUUGUUCAAGGUGUAAGCGUGUUUCAGCUGUUCUGUUUUUUGAUCGAAGUUUCGAUCUUUAUGGGUUUUGAGUGCUGAUUUUUAGCCUCUUUGGUGUUCAAAUUAUAUUCCUUAAUUUUGUUUUGUUUAGGGUUUUUAGGGUUUGCGGUGCGUGAGUGAUCAAAGAUUCGAUUUUAUAUUGUAAGCCGACAUAAUUUCUCUGUGUAAUCAUCUGAGUUUCUUAAUUUUGUGAAUCAUUUUUCCUUUCCUUGUAUAAUUUGCAUAGUUUUUGUAUUACUCUUUGCGCUAUGAAGGCAUAAUUUCAUCUGUCAAGAUGUUAUCCGAAUUGGGUAGGAGACCUAUGAUCAGUGGCGGCGGCGAUGGUUCAUUCGGAGACGAAUUCGAGGAGAUAGGAUUGUUGCUACGUGAACAAAGACGUGAAGCCGAUGAUCGUGAAAAGGAGCUAAACAUGUAUCGGAGUGGCUCAGCACCGCCCACCGUAGAGGGUUCGUUAAGUGCAGUCGGUGGUCUAUUUAACACUAAUCAUGGCCAAAACAACGGUCUACCUUUCUCUGAAUUCGCCGGCGGCAAUGGAUUCACGUCCGAGGAAGAACUCAGGGCUGACCCAGCAUACUUAUCUUACUAUUAUUCAAACGUGAAUUUAAACCCUAGAUUGCCACCACCACUAUUGUCUAAAGAAGAUUGGCGGUUUACUCAGAGGUUGCAGGGCGGUGGAAGUUCUGGGUUGGGCGGGAUCGGAGAUAGAAGGAAAGCAAAUAGGACCGACGGCGGCGGUGGCAGCGGAAGUGGCGGCGGCGGUAUGUCGCUUUUUUCUAUGCCGCCUGGUUUUAACUCAAAGAAACAGGAGAAUGAUAACUCCGAUGCCGAGAAAGUCAAGGUUUCAGCUGAGUGGGGCGGCGAUGGGUUGAUCGGUUUGCCUGGUUUAGGAUUAGGUAGUAAACAAAAGAGCCUUGCUGAAAUUUUCCAGGAUGAUUUGAGCCGAUCCGCUCCACAUUCCGGACACCCGUCUCGACCCGCCAGCCGUACUGCAUUUGAAAAUCCAGAUGAAACCCUUGGUCCAGUAGAUGCUGAGCUGGCACAGCCACAUGGCACAAAGGGCCCACCAACCUCAUACUCUUAUGCUGCAGCGUUAGGUGCUUCUUUAUCAAGAAGCACCACCCCUGACCCCCAACACAUUGCUAGGGUACCUAGCCCCAUCCCUACCCCAAUAGGUGGUGGGCGGGUCAACCCGCCCGAUAGAAGAAACCCUAAUAGCCCAAACUUAUUCAAUGGGCCCACUUCUCACCCCAAAGAACAAUCUGACUUGGUCAACGCUCUUUCCGCCAUGAAUCUCUCGAACGGUGUGAUUGAUGAGCCUAAUUCCGAUGAUCAGAAUGCUUUUUAUCAUCGGAAUCAGAAAAAUAACAAGAAUAAUAACUUGUACUUUGAUGGAUCUUCAAGUAACUUGCAAUUCGACGGUGGAUACUCUAUAAACUCACCACAAAUGAUGUCCAAUCAGCACGGAAACAUAAACCUCCCGCCACUUUUUGAAACCGCAGCAGCAGCUUCCGCCAUGGCGUACCCCGGAAUGGAAUCGCGAUUCACUUUGGAAUCACAAGCCAUGAACAGAAUGGGAAACCAAAUGACUGGAAACGCACUCCAAGCUUCUUUCAUGGACCCGAUGUAUCUCCAGUACUUAAGAUCAACCGAAUACGCCGCUGCUGCCCAAAUCGCUGCCCUGAAUGACCCGACUAUUGACCGGAAUUACAACCUCGGGAAUUCAUACACCGAACUCCUUCAAAAAGCAUAUUUAGGAACUUUAUUGUCCCCUCAAAAAUCACAGUAUGGAGGUGUUCAAUAUGUAGGGGCAUCUGCUAGUCCACAUCAUCAUGGGUAUUAUGGGAACCCGGGUUUUGGGGUUGGGUUAUCGUAUCCGGGUAGCCCGUUAGCAAGCCCACUGCCCAACUCUCCGGGUGGGCCCGGAAGCCCAAUUAGGCUUGGUGAACUUAACACACGAUACUCUCCUCAAAUGAGAAAUUUAGGUGGGGGAAGUGGUGUGAUGGGACAUUGGCAUUUAGAUGGUGGUCAUGUUGUUGAGUUCAGUGCGGACCAGUAUGGAAGCCGUUUCAUUCAACAGAAACUUGAAACUGCAACUACAGAAGACAAAAACAUGGUGUUUCAGGAGAUUUUUCCUCAGGCUCUAACUUUGAUGACUGAUGUGUUUGGAAAUUAUGUGAUUCAAAAGUUCUUUGAGCAUGGAAUGCAAGGACAAAGAAGGGAAUUGGCUGGGAAGCUAAUGGGACAUGUUUUGACACUUAGCCUUCAAAUGUAUGGCUGCCGAGUUAUUCAAAAGGCAAUUGAAGUUGUUGACAUGGACCAAAAGAUCAAGAUGGUGGAGGAACUUGAUGGCCACAUCAUGCGAUGUGUCCGUGACCAAAACGGGAAUCAUGUUAUUCAAAAAUGCAUUGAAUGUGUUCCUGAAGAUCACAUUCAGUUCAUUAUAACAACUUUCUAUGAUCAAGUUGUCACCCUUUCAACCCAUCCUUAUGGGUGUCGUGUCAUACAGAGGGUGCUUGAGCACUGUGAGGAUCCAAAAACACAGAGCAAGGUGAUGGAUGAAAUACUCAACUGUGUAAGCAUGCUAGCACAAGAUCAGUAUGGAAAUUAUGUUGUUCAGCAUGUGUUGGAACAUGGAAAACCGAAUGAACGAUCGAUAAUAAUUCAAGAAUUAGCUGGGAAAAUUGUACAAAUGAGUCAACAGAAGUUUGCAUCAAAUGUUGUUGAAAAAUGUUUGACUUUUGGUGAUGCUAGUGAACGCCAGCUGCUUGUGAAUGAGAUGCUUGGUACUACUGAUGAAAACGAGCCUCUUCAGGCAAUGAUGAAGGACCAAUUUGCAAAUUACGUGGUGCAAAAAGUACUUGAAACUUGUAGUGACCAAGAACGUGAGCACAUAUUGUCUAGAAUUAAGGUUCAUUUGAAUGCGCUUAAAAAAUACACAUAUGGAAAACAUAUUGUAGCUCGUGUAGAGAAACUUGUUGCUGCUGGAGAAAGGAGAAUUGCUGCACAGUUGCUACAUGCAACAUAAGAGGAGGAGGGGAGGCAUAGGAAACGAAGUUGUACAGCUAACGAAGGCUAGUUUGAGCUACCCUUUUUCAUCACUCUGUCUUUCUCCUCUUCUAGUAGAAGAAAGAGGCUCUAAUAGAUAAGGGGCCAAUUUGCAAAUAAAGUUUGCUUGUACGUGAAAACUGUAAAUUCUGUAGUUUUUUAAGGUUUAUAUACAUAGUUUAUAAGAAUCUGAGACGCUUUGGGGGUCUUUUUGUAAGACUCCUGAUGCUAAUGCAGAGGCAGUAUAAUGAUGAUGAUGAUGAUGACAGUGUGUUUGUUCUUGAAAGAGGUGUAAAGAUGACUGGAAAGGAAAAAAAGGUGUGGUAGUUUUGUGACUG